AUGGGGCUCCAGAAAGCUAAGCAGGCUUACAAUACCAUUAUCGUUGCAGCAACCCACCAGACGGUCUCCACCGGCUCCCAGUUUGACGAUGGGUGGUUCCUCUCCGACUUUUACGCUUCCAACUACCUCCUGAAAGGUUCAGUUGCCGACCAAGUAUGGCUUACCGCUGCCGAGCCUAGCAAACUGUUGAAAAUGCAUGGCCCCUAUCACCACGGUACCCCUUCUGAGUAUUCCAAGGUCGUCCUCAGCCCUGAGCUUCUCGAAUCUGAGAUCACUCCUGUGACGGUCGUUCCGCCCGCCCAGAUGAUUGAUAGAUUUCUCGACGAGGUCUCCAAAGCCGCUGCUCGCGCCAAGGGCGAGCACCCCAUGCUUCUGGUGGUGUUCUGUCACGGAUCAGACGAUUAUAGACUCCUCCUCGAUAGUGGUAACUCCGGGAAGGGGUUUAGCAUUGUGCGGCUCAAGGGCGCAUCAGGAAAUGCCCGAGCCACCUUGCUCGUGGCAGCAUGCUACUCGGGUGGAUGGGUGGUUGCGCCCGACUUCAACAGCACAGCACAGCAUUAG